UCGGCGGGGCGCGAUGAGCGGCGCUGGGGACAGGACUCCUGGAGGAGAUGCCGCCUCUAAGGCCGCGGGGGACCUCAGCACCACCGCCACCAAAGGUCCCGGCGUGGAGCCUCCGCCCGCAAUGCUGAGCGUGGACGUGCCGGGGUUGUGCGCGCAGUUCGCUCGCAGCUUCGUAUUGCUAUUCCCCGUGUACGUGCUGGGCUACCUGGGGUUGAGCUUCCUGUGGAUCCUGCUGGGGCUGCUGCUACUCUUCUGGUGCCGGAGGAACAAGGGCCACAAAACCUCCCGCUUCUAUAGGGCACUGGCCUUCUUGGAGAACGAGGAGCAGGCGGUGCGGCUCAGCAUCUGCACCUCGGACCUGCCCGCCUGGGUCCAUUUUCCUGACACUGAAAGAGCAGAAUGGCUAAAUAAGACUGUAAAGCACAUGUGGCCUUUUAUUUGCCAGUUUAUAGAGAAAUUGUUUCGAGAAACAAUAGAACCAGCUGUUCGGGGAGCAAAUGCUCACCUUAGCACCUUCAGUUUCACGAAGAUUGAUAUGGGCCAUCAGCCCCUGAGGAUUAAUGGUGUUAAAGUGUACACUGAAAAUGUGGACAAACGACAGAUUAUUUUGGACCUUCAGAUCAGUUUUGUGGGAAAUUGUGAGAUUGACUUGGAGAUCAAGAGAUACUUCUGUAGAGCUGGUGUGAAAAGUAUACAGAUUCAUGGUACAAUGAGAGUUAUCUUAGAACCAUUAAUUGGGGACAUGCCGUUAGUUGGAGCUCUGUCUAUUUUCUUCCUCAGAAAACCACUUUUGGAAAUUAAUUGGACAGGACUAACUAAUCUUCUGGAUAUUCCUGGUCUAAAUGGCUUAUCAGACACUAUUAUUCUGGAUAUAAUAUCUAAUUAUUUGGUGCUUCCUAAUCGAAUCACAGUUCCCCUUGUCAGUGAAGUUCAAAUUGCUCAGUUGCGAUUCCCGAUACCAAAGGGUGUUUUAAGAAUACAUUUCAUUGAAGCUCAGGAUCUGCAGGGUAAAGAUACUUACCUGAAGGGCCUUGUCAAGGGAAAAUCAGACCCCUAUGGAGUCAUUCGGGUCGGCAACCAAAUCUUUCAGAGCAAGGUCAUCAAAGAAAAUCUCAGCCCAAAGUGGAAUGAAGUAUAUGAGGCAUUAGUUUAUGAACACCCUGGGCAGGAGUUAGAAAUUGAGCUUUUUGAUGAAGACCCAGAUAAAGAUGACUUCCUUGGAAGUCUUAUGAUUGAUCUGAUUGAAGUUGAAAAGGAACGCCUCUUAGAUGAAUGGUUCACUCUGGAUGAAGUCCCUAAAGGAAAAUUGCAUUUGAAACUGGAAUGGCUCACAUUGAUGCCAAAUGUUUUGAAUCUUGAUAAGGUGCUAACAGGCAUUAAGGCUGACAAAAAUCAAGCCAAUGACGGCCUUUCUUCUGCGUUGCUUAUAUUAUAUUUGGAUUCGGCAAGAAAUCUUCCAAGUAAUCCAUUAGAAUUUAACCAUGAUGGCUUGAAGAAGGCUGCAGUUCAGAAAGCUUUAAAGUCUGGGAAGAAAAUAAACAGCAACCCCAACCCUCUGGUCCAAAUAUCAGUUGGACACAAGGCCCAGGAGAGCAAGAUUCGAUAUAAGACCAAUGAACCUGUCUGGGAAGAAAACUUCACCUUCUUUGUUCAUAAUCCCAAGCGUCAGGACCUUGAAAUUGAGGUCAAGGAUGAACAACAUCAGUGUUCCUUGGGGAACCUGAAGAUUCCUCUCAGCCAGCUACUAGCAAGUGAUGACUUGACUAUGAAUCAACGGUUCCAACUCAGUAAUUCUGGUCCAAACAGCACUAUCAAAAUGAAGAUUGCCCUAAGGGUACUUUAUCUUGAAAAACAAGAAAGGUCUCCAGAUCACCAACAUUCUGCUCAAGUUAAGCGACCCUCUGUUUCCAAAGAAGGGAGGAAAACAUCUGUCAAAUCUCAUAUCACUGCCCCUGUUGCUUUGGAUUCCAGCAAGAUGGUGUCAGCCCCGCCAGUCUGUGAAAAUCCAAGAAAGCCUGAUGUGGAUGAAAAAGGCCAGCCUCCUAAUGCUAGUCCUCAGUGGCCAUCUGAUCUCAGCCAAAGCUCUUCCAGCCUCCCCACAUCCAACGUUACCUCUUCCCCGAGCCACCUUUCCAUCAAGGAGCCCACCCCAAGCAUUGCAUCCGACAUCUCACUGCCCAUUGCCACGCAGGAACUACGGCAAAGACUUCGACAGCUCGAAAAUGGAACAACACUGGGGCAGUCUCCCCUUGGGCAGAUUCAGCUGACAAUACGUCACAGUUCACAAAGAAACAAACUUAUUGUUGUUGUGCAUUCCUGUAGAAAUCUCAUUGCCUUUUCUGAGGAUGGCUCUGAUCCUUAUGUUCGAUUGUAUUUACUUCCAGACAAGAGAAGAUCAGGAAGAAGAAAAACACAUGUAUCAAAGAAAACAUUAAACCCAGUCUUUGAUCAAAGCUUUGAUUUCAGUGUUUCAUUACCAGAAGUGCAAAGGAGAACCCUGGAUGUAGCUGUCAAGAACAGUGGUGGCUUCUUGUCCAAAGACAAAGGGCUUCUGGGCAAAUUGUUGGUAGCUCUGGCCUCUGAGGAUCUUGCCAAAGGUUGGACCCAGUGGUAUGACUUGACAGAAGAUGGUACAAGACCACAGGCUGUAAACUAGAUCCUCUUUCAAGAUGAAGAAUUCCUCCUUGCAUAUUGUACUUGGCCAUUCUUUAUACACUUUGAAUGCAUCAUUUUCACAGAUGUUUCAAUAUUAUUUUUAUAGUUUAUGUAUUUAGUUAUUACACACCCCAAAGGUUUUAUAAAUUUUAACACAUUGACAUUUUUUGCAGAUUUAGCCAGUUUUAUUGUUAAAUUUCAUAUUUUAAUUUACUCUAAUAUUUUGCCUAUUAUUACAAUGUGCAAUAGGGUGUUAGAAAACAUUUGUUAUUUGUGUCUUUUAGAAAAUGAAUAUAUGAUAUGCUUUAUUACUGCCUUGUUUUGUAUAUCAUCAAGGCGCACUAUGCCAUGUAAAUAGACUAUUUUUUAUAAUCUCUUCAUGCUGGUUUGAAGUCAGAUGAAAAUGGAUCAAGGGAAUAUAUAUAUUUUCUUCAAGUUCAUAUUAAAUUCUUAUGAAAAAUAAUCCUUUUAUUUGGCCUUUGCAGCAAAAUGGUCUCAGUGACUUAUUUUAUGGACUUUCUUUUUAAAAAAGAAAAAACUGAAAAGACUAUUAAAAUUAGCAUGUAUAUUUCUUGCCCAUUGUGGCUAGUGAAAAUGUACAAAAUAUUAACAUUUUUACGUGAAGUUCUAUUAUUAAAAAGUCAGGAUAAUGACUAUUAUAAGAAAAGUGUUUUUAGUACUAAGAAAUAUAAAAAGUAUUAUAUUUGAAGAGAGGGUUGUCAUGCUCCAUAAAUCAUAGAGUGCAGAUCUGGAUUUUCUUACAUAGAAAUGAAGACAUAUUUACAAUAUGAUAUUUUGAAUUUAUUUUUAGUUGUCUGUUUAUUGUAGCUUAUUCAUGUAAUCUAAAACUCAGAUAUAUAUUAUCUCUUUCCUAAAAGAUAAAUAAAGCAAUUUUCCACAUUAGAAAUUAGAUGUCAAAAACAAAUGCUCAUAAAUUGUAUUAAUUUUCAUUAUUUUCAGAGUCUAUUAAGGGAAAAAAAAGUAUAAACCUAGCAUUGAAAAGCUGGGAAUGUAUGUUGUGAAAUGCUGAAUUCAAACCUGACCUUUUUCUUGACCCCACUUCAGUGAAGUGAAAAACUUGCUUUUAAUGACACAGUUUGUCCUGAGUUUUAUAUCAUGUAUCAGACAUUAUCACCUUUAAACUGAGACAUUAUUACGUUCUGCUGCUAUGUAGAGGUUACCAGCAUGACCAAAGGGCAUUUAGCAAUGCUGCAGAGUUGGUUCUAAUAGCAGCUAUUGACUAUAACACAGAAUUUUAUGUGGUUGCAUUAGUUUGGGUCAUGAACUUCAUUAUAUACAAAAUUUCUCUUAGAGUCUCUUUUAAAGACUAUGAAAGCAUAUUUCACCCACAGAAGCCCACAUAUGUGUGAAGGAAUAUGCUAUGCACUUCAUACACAAAGAGUAUGCACCUAAGUUAAAAAUGAAAUUUUUUACUCAUGUGACACAAAUGAUUUCUUUACCUAUGAGAAUAUGUUAUGGCUAUGUAAUAAAUUCUUUUAAAAACAGCUUUAUAAUAAACUCACCUCAAGUUUCAUCAAAAUCAACAACUUAUGACAGACAGCUCACAUGACCAAACAUACCAAAGUGCCUGUUGUGGAUAUUAGAUUCCAGAACUUCCCAGUUUAAUUUCACUUUUAGUUAAUAAGAAAUACUUUGAUCACUGAGGUCUGUUUAUAGUGGAGUCAGUAUCUUUACUCCUCAUUUUCACUCUAGUAAAAAUGAGAAUGCCACAGUGAACUGAAAUAAUUGUAAGUGUUCAUUUCACUGGAAGACCUCAUCAUGAACAGGCUCCAAUGUGGAUAUGCAUCGUGUUGGUGACCAUUCCAAAAGAAAGUGUGUUUAUAUAUUCAGUAUAUAUACAUAUAUGUAUAAUACAUGUGUGUAUAUAUGAUAUAUAUCUAACAGUCUUUUAGCAUGAGAAAAAUCUGUUUAUUAACCUGUUAAAAUCUAGUUGUCUACCCAUGAUUGACUGAACACCAUUUUUUUAAAGUGUGUUCUAUUGCUGGACCUCUGUCACACUGAAGGAAGGGAGAAAAAUGCAACAUUUUUAAAUCACAAUCAUCUAGAUUAAAGUUCUGGAACAAAGGAAUUUUGUGCAUAGUUUUUACUUCUUUAUAUACAUAUAUUCUCCCCUCUUUUUUUGGACUAAGUGCUACAUUAGAAUAUUUAGGAUAGUGAAAACAUGGGGAGAAAAUAUCAAGAGAAAGAAACAAAAGACAAAAGGAAAUCAAUUUGGCAGUGCUAUAUCCCCAGAGCCUGAUUUCAUGAGGCACAGAUCCCAUUGCUGUUACCUAGGAUUGCUGUCACCAAGGAGUUUGAGAAUUGACCCUUUCUCUAUAGGGUAUGAGAAUUCUAGUAGCUGUUCUUUACUCUUUUAAAAGAAAAAAGAAUGACAGCCUCAGGUGAAUGUUGUAGCCUCAUAAAAACAAUGGUAAGAUUGGGGGGAAAUAAGGGGUGAUCUAAGUAUGAAAUAUCAGAAAAGAUAGAUUGAGAUGAUCAUGAAGAGUAAAUUGUUAGAACCAUAUUCUCAAUAGUGGAAAAAUUCAAUGUGUAUUGAUUCUUAAUUUUUGAUACAUGUGUUAAGUGAGAAAAGAGGACUUAACACUUUUCCUUUUGAGCCAAACAGGAAAAAAAAAUCUUAAAUGAGUUUCAAACAGCAAUUCUGGUUAGUUUGUACAUGUGAAUUGUAUAUCCUGUGCCUUAAAGUAUAAAGUGCAAAAGUAUUGUUUUCAUGUUUCAAAAAAUUAAAGGAAAAAAAAAUUUUUGCUGUACAUAUCACCAUUUAUAUUUUAUGCUAUGAAAAUUUCUACAAAAAUGCUCUGUUUUGGUUAGAAGGGCUUUAAAAAUAAAUUUUUAAAAACAUCAGUGAAAGUGUACUCCAAAUGUGAUUCUGUGUUGGCUACACUUUUAAUUUGGACUAAAUAAAGUUGUUCUUUUUGUUACAAUUCCUUCUAUUUCAGAGUUGCAGAAUUCUGUAAAAUUGCAAAUCAAUGAAGGGGGACUUUUUAUUUUAGGUUAUCCUUUUUUGCUUAUGUAAUUUACAUGACAAUGCAUGUAUUUAUUCAAUAAACAGUUCAUAUGGUGGA